UUAUGUUUUUGAUGUUUUAUAUUGAAAAAAUUUUCUUUUUAGCUUUUAAGCCUGAAAUCAUUGUCUUUAACAAAGUAAAGUAUUUUGUCAUGUGUAUCGACAUUCUCUUUUAGUGGUGUUCUAGUUAAUUUUUUCGAUUAUUUUUAAAUGUGUAUCUCUAAAGUGUCUUUUCUCAAUGGGUAAUUUGGUAUUCGAAAUAAUUUUUUUCCUUGUGGGCCUAGUGUGACAUUAACAGCGGAAUCAAUCUUCCUUCUGUACUUUACGCUUAUGUUUUAGAAAUAUGAAGAGAGCGUCUGACAAUGUUGUUGAAAAAAGUAAAAAGUUAAAACCUGAAACUUCUCAAGGUGGUCUUGGCAUCAUUUUAUCAGUCACUCUGAAAAAUUUUAUGUGCCAUGAUCAUUUGCAAUUUGAUUUUGAUCCACAUGUCAACUUCAUUGUUGGACAAAAUGGGAGUGGAAAAAGUGCUGUUAUGACAGGAAUUAUUUUAGCGCUUGGUGGAAAAUCUAGCGUCACUGGAAGAUAUAGUAAUAUUAAAGGAUUUGUGAAGACUGGUAAAAACACAGCACAUGUAUCUGUUACAUUAAAAAACUGCGGACCCUAUGCUUACAAACCCGAAAAAUAUGGAGAUAAAAUAAUUGUAGAAAGAGAAAUAAGUUCUGAAGGGAAUUCAGGCAAAUAUAAACUGAAAAAUUCAAGUGGUAAAAUCGAGUCUACAUUGAAAGAGGAGCUUAAAAAUAUUCUGAUUGCAAUGGAUAUACAGAUUGAUAAUCCGGUUUUAGUUUUAACUCAGGAUACAAGUCGCAAUUUUCUAAUGGCCAAAACAGGAAAAGAAGGAAAGUUGUUUGAAUUUUUUUACAGAGGUACUGGACUUCAAAAAUUGGAAAUUGAGUAUCAACAAUCUAUAGCAAUGAAUGAGGAUAGUGCAAAAGAUCUUGCAGCUAAGAAACAAGCUCUGGAUCAUACGGAGAAAGAAGUUAAAAGAUUAGAGAAGUUGCGAAAAAGUGAUGAACAACUCGAUGAAUUAAAAAGAGAAUCAUUUUGGGCCAAAGUUAUACUAUUAGAAAAAGAAUUAGAAACAGAAAAAGAUAAAAAAGAAGAGCUUCUUGAAAAAAUAGAUAGCGCAAAAAAAGAAGCUGAAGAAAGCAAGAAUAAACAUGAUGAAAUGACACUUGAACAUGACAAAUUUAAACAAGAAAGAGCUGAGAUUGAGGAGAAAAUUGUUACAGAAAGGAAAUCUUAUUCUGAAUUGGAUAUUCAGUUAGAUACAUGUGCUGGCAAAGUUCGAAGUUGUAAG